GGUCUAAAUGUAGCAGAAAAUGUUACAGCGAGAGAGGGAGAGAGAGAAUUGCGUGAAAUACUGAAAUCUGUUAUCCCGCGCUGUAGAAAAAAGAUUAGUGUGUGUGUGAAAAAGAAAGAGGUCAUAUGGGAGAUGAGAAAUCGGGGAUGAUGGGGGCGGUAAUGGGAAACAGCAGCAGAGAAAGAGAUCGAGAGCUUCUCAUACCGGUCGCCGACUCUGUUGACCACGAUGAUGACGCCUCUUCCUCCUCCAAGCCUUCCCCCUCCGCUGCCUCUUCUCACCUUCAAUCUGGUCGCGAGACUUUUUACAAAGUUGUUAGGAGCUGGGCCUCAAAAAAGUUCAUGACUGGAUGUGUCAUCCUCUUCCCCAUAGCAAUCACUUUCUAUGUAACGUGGUGGUUUAUUCAUUUUGUUGAUGGGUUCUUCUCUCCAAUUUACGAGCAACUUGGAAUUGAGAUCUUUGGUCUAGGGUUUGUUACUUCCAUCAGCUUUAUUUUCUUGGUUGGAGUGUUUAUGUCAUCAUGGUUGGGGGCAUCUGUGUUGAGCCUUGGCGAGUGGUUCAUCAAGCGUAUGCCAUUUGUUCGUCAUAUUUACAAUGCCUCCAAGCAGAUUAGUGCUGCCAUAUCUCCAGAUCAGAACACACAAGCCUUCAAGGAAGUGGCCAUUAUAAGGCAUCCACGUAUUGGUGAAUAUGCAUUUGGGUUCAUCACUUCAUUUGUCACCCUCCAGAAUUAUUCAGGAGAGGAAGAGCUUUGCUGCGUUUAUAUCCCAACAAACCAUCUUUACAUAGGUGAUGUAUUCCUCGUAAACUCCAAUGACGUUAUUAGACCAAACUUGUCUGUAAGGGAGGGAAUCGAAAUUGUUGUAUCUGGUGGUAUGUCAAUGCCCCAGAUUCUAUCUACAUCAGAUCCAGGAAUUAUUCAAGUGGAUAGAAGUAGGACCUGAAAGAAGCUAAGAUCAAGGACAUGAGAUGUAGACAACUGUUUUCUGUACUUCAUUUUCAUUCUGCAAAUUUAGUCAUGAUUUGGCUUUAGUUGCAAUCUAGGUCUAUUUAUAUUUCAGUUUUCGAUUUUUGAAGAGUUAGAUUGUACCCAGAACAUAUGUUAAGGCAAAUGUAUAAUAUAGGGAAGUAGAUUUGUGCAUAACCAUAAACUUAUUAUUUUCCUGGCUAGAAAAAAUAACAUGUUUAAGUUACAACAGUUCUAAAUUGAAAUAUGAAAGGUUUUGAUUUCUAUUAGAGCAGUAA